GUGUGAGCUGUCCCAAGUAAGACCACGUAAUACUCACCUCAACAAGAUAGUGUUCUUAAAGUGUGUCAAACACAAUCACACACACACAAAUCAUAAAACACAAAGACGAUAAUCCAUCGAUCCACAGAAUAGACGCCACGUGGUAGAUAGGAUUCUCACUAAAAAGUUCUCACCUUUUAAUCUUUCUCCACGCCAUUUCCACAAGCCAUAAUCCUCAAAAAUCUCAACUUUAUCUCCCAAAACACAAAACAAAAAAAAAUGGCUUCCACUGCUCUCUCAAGCGCCAUCGUCGGAACUUCAUUCAUCCGUCGUUCCCCAGCUCCAAUCAGUCUCCGUUCCCUUCCAUCAGCCAACACACAAUCCCUCUUCGGUCUCAAAUCAGGCACCGCUCGUGGUGGACGUGUCACAGCCAUGGCUACAUACAAGGUCAAGUUCAUCACACCAGAAGGUGAGCUAGAGGUUGAGUGUGACGACGACGUCUACGUUCUUGAUGCUGCUGAGGAAGCUGGAAUCGAUUUGCCUUACUCUUGCCGUGCUGGUUCUUGUUCGAGCUGUGCUGGUAAAGUUGUGUCUGGAUCUGUUGAUCAGUCUGACCAGAGUUUCCUUGAUGAUGAACAGAUUGGUGAAGGGUUUGUUCUCACUUGUGCUGCUUACCCUACCUCUGAUGUUACCAUUGAAACCCACAAAGAAGAAGACAUUGUUUAAGCCUCACCUACUCACCAGCUUUUGAUGGUUUAAAAAUCAUGUCUUUAUAAAUUUCACAUUUUGGGUUGAGUUUGUUGUUACUAAAAACUAUUGUUAUCUGUUGUUAUUGUUCCUGGUUUGGCUCACCAUCAAUCGAUGACAUUUUAAACUAUGCAACUGCAAAUUCUGCAACACUUUCGAUGAGAAUCUAACAUUAUCGUUUAAACAUUGGAAAUACAUUUUCUUGAAGUCUAGCUAGCUUUGGUUUGUAGUUCUUAUUCUGAACUCAACAAUCAUCAAA